CUUACCAUUAUGUAUAUUCUUAUUAAUGUGAGGUAAUCUUAACUUAAUUAAUCUUUAUUUCAGAUAUUGUCAGAAGAUGGUGCCAAGAAUAAUAUUUUGUGUAGUAAUUUUAAUGGGAAUCUCCAACACAGAGGCUAUCUUUACAUACAUGAUGCUUGAAGAAAUACAAGCAGAAAUUACACAACUUAGAAAUUUAAUACAGACUGUAAAUAACAAUGUAGUCAACGGUGUAGAUAAGAAUGUUCACACCACCUAUGAUUAUAUAAAAGGCAACUUCGGUCAAUUAUCUCGGAGCUUAGCAAACAUCCAGACAAAAACACAAAAUUUUGACAAUCGAUUGGCGGCUGUCGAAAAGCUUUUAAAACAAAUGGAACAAAGAGACGUAACGAAUAGAAAUUUAAUAAACACGGUAAAUGAAAAUGUAGUUAACCGUGUAGAUGAGGAUUUUCACACCACCUAUGAUUAUAUAAAAGUCAACUUCGGUCAAUUAUCACGGAACUUAGAAAGCGUCCACACAAAAUCACAAAAUUUUGACAAGCGAUUGGCGGCUGUCGAAAAGUUUUUAAAACAAAUGGAACAAAGAGACGCAAGAAAUUUUCAGAGAGUAAUUGAAAUACAGAACAAUCUGCUUAUUAUUUUGUGGAAGAUGGAAAACAAAAUUAUUUCAAAGUUUUCAGCACAUGAUAGUGAUAUCUCUUCGACUGUACUACCAAAUGAAGACUUUAAUUCAAUGAAAAAAGAGAUAAUGAACAAAAUAUCCACAGUUACUAACUCUAUAGGAAAAAUUUAAAAUGAAAUCGUUAAAAUUAAGGAAGACAAUAAACAAAUUAAAGAUUUGCAUAAGAAAUCAUCACAAAACUUAGAAAGCUUAAAAACAGACGCGAAUAACAAUCAGAAGCUGUUCAUUAAGUGUGAUAAAAAACUAGAGAACUGUAACAGUAAAAUUAACAAUAAAGAGAAUGAAGAGUGGAAGAUUAAUAUCACAAAAGCUUGUAAUGGUCAAGAAUCAGAUGUUAAAAAAAUCCUGGCAAACGCUAAGCUUCUACAGAAUAAAUUAGACCAGCUAUCACAAAAAUACGACCAAUCUAUAGGUCAAAAUUAUACUUUACAAAAAGAAGACCAUUCCAAAUCUGAACUUAUUAACUAUAUCAAGAAAACUCAUGAAGAUACCAUCAAGAAGCUAAACGGCCUCUCAGAAAUGACAGUUAAUCUUGCAGCCAAAUUUGUAUCUAAUAGUGACAAAAUUACAAAUAAGAUUCAAGGUCUUAACAGGUUAGACCAAGAAAUUCAAAAGAUUGCUGGUAGUGUUACUGACACUAAAAGAAAAGUAGAAUUAGGAGUGAACCAAACCUUGGCCGAGGUAUCCAAACAUUCGAAAGCAGCUUGUAAUGGUCAAGAAUCAGAGGUUAAAAAAAUCGUGGCAGACGCUGAAAUUCUACAGAAUAAAAUAGACCAGCUAUCACAAAAAUACGACCUAGCUAUAAAUCAAAAUACCGCUUUACAAAAAGAAGACCCUUCCAAAUCUGAACUUAUUAGCUAUAUCAAGAAAACUCACGAAGAUACCAUUAAGAAGCUAAACGGCCUCUCAGAAAUGACAGAUACUCUUGGAGGCAAAUUUGUAACUAGUAACGACAAAAUUCUAAAUAAGAUUCAAGGUCUUAACAGGUUAGACCAAUUAUUGCAAAAUAUUGCUGGUACUGUUACUGACACCAAAAGAAAAGUAGAAUUAGGAGUGAACCAAACUUUGGACGAGGUAUCCAAAUAUUCGAAAGCAGGUGCUCUCAAUGUUCAAGAAGCAGUGUGUAACAGACUAAAUACAUUAUUUAAAACAUCAAUUUUGGAUCCAAAAACAGGAGCUCUAGUUAAUGCAACAUCAAAAAUAGAAAACGACGUCCAACAAGUUUUGCAGAAAAUAGGAAUAAUGUAUCAACAAAUAAGAAGCAAUGCAGAUGCUCUAAAUAAAUUGCAGGAUUAUUUUAAAAUUUCAGCACAUGUGCCUCCUAGUCAGAUCUCUCCAGCUGUGAUAUCAAAGGAAGAUCUUGAGUCAACGAAAAAAGAGAUAAUGAACAAAAUCUACAUAGUUACUAACUCUAUAGGAAAAAUUGAAAAUGAAAUUGUUAAAAUUAAUGCAGACAAUAAACAAAUUAAAGAUUUACAUAAAAAAUCAUUAGAAAACUUAGAAAACUUAAAAAUAUAUUUUAAUAACAAUCAAGAGCUGUUCACUAAAAUUGAUAAAAAACUAGAUAACUGUAACAGUAAAAUUAAUAAUCAAGAGAACGAAGAGUGGAAGUUUAAUGUCACAACAGCUAUUAAUGGUCAACAAUCAGAUGUUAAAACAAUCCUGGCAGACGCUAAACUUCUACAGAAUAAAAUAGACCAGCUAUCACAAAAAUACGACCUAGCGAUAGAUCAAAAUACCGCUUUACAAAAAGAAGACCAUUCCAAGUCUGAACUUAUCAACUAUAUCAACAAAACUCACGAAGAUACCAUCAUGAAGCUUGACAACCUGUCAAAAAUUACAGUUAGUCUUGGAGAAAACUUUAGAAAUAACUACGAUACAAUUAGAAAUGAAAUUAAAGAUUUAAAUAGGUUAGACCAAGUAAUGAUAAACACUACAUAUAUGGUUUUAUUGAUACCAAACAAAAAAAUAGUAAAGAAUCAGAUGUUAAAAAAAUCCUGGCAGACGCUAAACUUCUACAGAAUCAAAUAG